AUGUACACACGGAGAGCUGCCUCGAGAACUCCGUCGCUCCGUCGCUGCUUCUCGAGCGCCCGAAUCUGCCGUGCGGACUUCACGCAUGCAGUCAUUGGAGCUGGUGUUGUCGGCCUUGCAGUCGCUCGGCAAAUAGCAGCUCGCGAAGGCACCUCGACGAUCCUCCUUGAACGACACGAUGGGCCAGGAACGGAGACUAGCAGUCGGAACUCUGAGGUCAUUCACGCCGGCCUCUACUACCCAGCCGACUCCCUCAAAACAAAACUAUGCAUCCAGGGCCGCAACAUGCUAUACGAUCUGUGCUCCAAGCACGCCAUCCCACACAAAAACACCAAAAAAUGGAUCGUCGCCCAAACAGCCGAGCAGUGGGAGUCCUGUCUGCGGGUCCACAACCACGCCCAAUCUCUAGGCGACGCCCCGACCCGGAUCGUCGGCCGCGACGAAGCAGCCCGUCGCGAGCCCGACGUCAAAGCUGACGGCGGCAUCGUCGAGAGUCUGAGCACCGGAAUCGUCGACAGCCACUCGCUGAUGACAUAUCUGCAAGGCGACUUUGAAGACCGAGGCGGCGACAUCGCUUUCAAGACGAGGGUCACUGGCGUCGAGCGUGUUAGCGAUGGUUAUCAGAUUACUGCUGUCUCAGAUGAGGAUGGCUCCGUCACGACCAUCACUGCCGAGACCCUGAUCAACAGUGCCGGGCAUGGUGCAUGCGCUAUCAACAACCUUAUCUUGCCGGCGGAUCGGCAUCGGGAGCCGCACUAUGCGAAGGGGACGUACUUUUCGUAUGCUGGGUCCCGGCCACGGGCAUCUGUGCUCGUCUACCCGGCCACUGUGCCUGGACACGGUGGAUUAGGCACUCAUUUGACCCUAGACAUGGGCGGUCGUAUUCGCUUUGGUCCUGAUGUCGAGUGGGUGGAUGAUCCCAAUGAUCUGACCCCCAGUGCUGCGCGAUUGGAACAGGCAAUUCCGGAAAUUCUGGCGUAUAUGCCUGGCGUGGACCCCUCGGCUAUUUCCUUGGAUUAUUGUGGCAUUCGACCUAAGCUGAGCCGUGGAGGUGGCGUGAACAUUGGAAAGACUUUCCAGGACUUUGUGAUUCAAGAGGAGGAGGGUUUCCCGGGGUUCGUGAAUCUAUUGGGUAUUGAGAGCCCGGGAUUGACUAGCUCGCUGGCGAUCGGUGAGAUGGUUGACGGUAUUAUUUACCGGUGA